GGCAUUUCAGCUACCAGAGAAGCCAUCGUGAAUCUGCUCUCCCCGACAACCAGGCUCUGAAACAGAAUCUAGACCAUUCAGGUCUUCAAAGCCCAGACCCCAUACCUCACUUGAGGACGUGAACCAUUGAUGGGCUGGGACAAGGCCAAAUUCGAGCACCUGGGACUGUGGGUCCCUGUGCUAGCUGUCCUGCUGGGAGCCUGCCAGGCACAUCCCAUUCCUGACUCCAGCCCCCUCCUCCAAUUUGGGGGCCAAGUCCGCCAGCGACACCUCUACACGGAUGACGCCCAGGAGACGGAGGCCCACCUGGAGAUCAGGGCUGAUGGCACAGUGGUGGGGACGGCCCGCCAGAGCCCCGAAAGUCUUCUGGAGCUGAAAGCCCUAAAGCCAGGGGUCAUUCAAAUCUUGGGAGUUAAAACAUCCAGGUUCCUGUGCCAGGGGCCAGAGGGGAGGCUGUAUGGAUCGCUCCACUUCGACCCCCAGGCCUGCAGCUUCCGGGAGCUGCUUCUUGAGGAUGGAUACAACGUUUACCAGUCUGAGGCUCUUGGCCUUCCCCUCCGCCUGCCCCCGCACCGCUCCUCCAACUGGGACCUGGCCCCCCGGGGACCUGCUCGCUUCCUGCCGCUGCCAGGCUUCCUCCCACCACCCCUGGAGCCUCCAGGGAUCUUGGCCCCCGAGCCUCCCAACGUGGGUUCCUCGGACCCCUUGAGCAUGGUGGGACCUUCACAUGGCCGAAGCCCCAGCUACACUUCCUGAAGCCACAGGCUGUUUCUUACUGUGUCUCC